GAGCUAGGAAAAGAGAGAGAGAGAUGGAGAAGAUGAUGAAUGUAUUGAAGCCGAAACCUAACCCCCAACAGCAAUUGAGGGACUGGCAGCGUCGUCUCCGCCAAGAGUGCCGCAACAUCGAACGCCAAAUCCGAGAUAUACAGAGAGAAGAGAAGAGCGUACAGAAAGCAAUUAAAGAAGCUGCCAAGAGAAAUGACAUGGGCUCUGCUAAGGCACUUGCUAAGGAGAUUGUGAGGUCUAGACAAACUGUGAACCGUCUUUAUGAGAACAAGGCACAGCUAAAUUCAAUAUCAAUGCACCUUGGGGAGAGCGUUGCAAUUGCCCGCACAGUGGGGCAUUUGUCCAAGAGUGCUGAGGUCAUGAAGCUUGUCAAUAACCUCAUGAAGGCCCCAGAAGUUGGUAUCACAAUGCAAGAAUUUAGCAAGGAAAUGAUAAAGUCGGGGAUAAUUGAGGAGACAGUAAAUGAUGCUGUUGACUCAGCACUGGAUUCAGAGGAUAUAGAAGAGGAGAUUGAAGAAGAGGUUGACAAGGUCUUGACUGCACUUGCUGGUGAGACUGCUGCUCAGCUUCCGGAAGCAGUCAGGAAGGAGAAAUUAAAGCAACCGGCCAGGGUGGCAGGAGCUGAGCUGGAGGAUGAAGCAAUAGCUGAGGGUGCUGAUGAUGAGGAAGAACUCGAAGAAAUAAGGGCCCGACUUGCUAGAGUUAGGUCAUAAUUUGACCAUUUUUUCUUUACCUGUCAUUAAAUUGACUAGCAUAGAGUCUCUUCUUGGUUUCUGGAUUGCAGCUGGUAAAACCUAGUUUACCUCUUGAGAAGGAGAGAUGUCUGUAUUAUAAUUUACACCAAAAUCAGCUUGUUUAAAUGACACGUUUGGCUGUUAGUCGUGCAAUAUAUGUUAGAAUUUGUAGCUUAUGUCAUUGCAGUAGUUAAUUAUCCCUCGUAUAUGCAUUAUCUUUCAUUUGAAC